AUGUCCUACAAACCCACCGACCGCCUCCCCCUCCCCAACUCCACCGUGCGCAUCCCGCGCCUCGGCUUUGGUGUCUACCGUUCGCCAACCUCCCAAUGCGUGAAAUCCGUCCUCAAGGCCCUGGAAGUGGGAUACCGACACAUUGACACCGCGCAAUUCUACGGCAAUGAGAGCGAAGUCGGCGAGGCUCUGCGCACUUCUGGGAUCCCCCGCGACGAAGUCUUUGUGACUACCAAGAUCCUGAGCCCCGCCGGCUCGGCCGAGCAGACCUACGACAAGCUGUUGGCUAGCGUGGAGAAGAUUGGUGGACCGGGCGGUUACGUCGAUUUGUUCCUGAUUCACAGUUCGAGCUCUGGACCUGCGGGGAGAAAGCAGUUGUGGCAGGCGCUGGAGAAGUUGCAUGCCGAGGGCAAGGCCAAGGCUAUUGGUGUGAGCAAUUACGGUGUGCAGCAUAUCGAGGAGAUGAAGGCGUAUGCCCAGGUGUGGCCACCACAAGUCAACCAGAUUGAGCUCCACCCAUGGUGUCAGCAGCGCACCAUCGACGCAUACUGCAAGCAACACGGGAUCAUCGUCGAAGCCUACUCGCCCAUCGUUCGUAACUACAAAGCCAAUGACCCCACCCUCGUCGAGGUUGCGCAAAAUUACAAUCAAUCCACGCAGCAGGUCUUGAUCCGCUAUGCGCUGCAGAAGGGCUGGGUACCGCUGCCCAAGACCGAUAACCCAGAGCGUAUCGCCUCCAAUGCGGACGUGUUCGGUUUCGAUAUCAGCGCGGAGGAUAUGGAUAUUCUGAACUCGCUCGACCAAGGCGAUGCGGGCGCCAUCGUGGAGGCCGUGGCCAACGAGUAA